CCCCUUGUUUGUGUGUGGCAAAACGACGGGAGGUUUGAGGGAAUAUUCCGCGGCUAACGAUAGCAAGGUACACAAAUACGCUUUAACUCACUUUCGGUCUUCGCUGACACUCUGGGGGGGGGGCAACAAAAGCUACAGGAGGACAUACUUUUAGGCUAAACCCGUCGGUUUUUGCUGCUACGUUCUCGGCGAGAACAAGCGAGACCCGCUAAUCCCCCGAGAAGUCGGGGAGCGGCCUGCUUCUGUAGCCGGCUUCCCGGUGCACCUCCGGCGGGCAGCGCUGUCACCAGAGCCCGGUGCUUCCGCUGGUUUCCUUUUCUUUACACCAACAGCAGCGUCGGAGCCUCGAAGUUAUUUUUUAUUUUAAUCACCUUAGCCUCUCCAUCGCCUGUUCCUCCGCCUAUCGGGGGUGCUGCUGUCGGCGCGAGAGGAGCUUUUCAAGACGGAGCGGCCUGUUUUGUUUUCGAGCCGCGUUGAAUCUCCGCGAACAAUAACACAACCAUAACUAGCCUGCUGCUGCUGCUGCUGCUGGAGGAGGAGGAGGAGGAGAGGAGGAGGAGGGGGCUGCACUGCCGAGCGGCCGCGUCGCUGUGGGAGAAUAAAUGCAUUGUGCGGGACCAGCUCUGGCAUGGACGUGAAGCCCCGGGACGGGCGUGCAUGUGGACUAUGGGAUUAUCCGGGGGAACCAUUGCAAAGUGGAGCAAUCUGUCGCGAAAAGCCCCUGUUUGGAUGUCGGAGCUGCGGCUGCUAGCUAACCAACUGUGAGUAACGUUCAAAGGCCACUGACGAGAGGAAAAGAGCGCCACACCAUGCUUUGUCUAACCAUAACUCACGGACUGUUUGGAAACAAACCGAACCGACUUGCGUGAACGGAAAUGCAUGCUGGGCCUUCCUCGUGAAAAGCAUCAGAGCUGGGACAUCACAUCAAGGAUGGACUGGAUGUGACUUUAAGGUGGGGGAUGAGUAACCUCGACUGCUCCCUGCGCAGGCUGCUCUAUAUGUGGGAUUUACCGACGGGGAUCUGACGCCGUUGCAUCCAUCUAUGCUCUCAUCAAAGCCACCAGACUCCAUUGAGAAAACCAGUCAUUUAACCGAGCGGAGCGCGAGACUUGCUGCUCCGUGUUGUUUGUGUUAUUAUUCUGCGACUUUGGGUGUUUUCACGUUUUAAUACAUUAUAACGGACCAGGCCGGACUUGGAGCCCCCCCGGGACAGGCAGCUGAGAUGAACCCGGUGAAUGCGACCUCUCUCUACGUGUCCGCGAGCCGUUCGGUGCUGCAGUGCGACCCCCGAGACCCCCGGGCCCUCGCGGAGCUGUGCAAGCUGCUGCCGUUUUUCCGCCAGUCCCUGUCCUGCCUGGUCUGCGGUAAUCUGCUGCAGGACCCGAUCGCUCCCACAGACUCGUCGUGUCAGCAUUACGUCUGUCGAGGCUGCAGGGGCCAGAGGAUGCAGCUGAAGCCGUCCUGUAGUUGGUGUAAGGACUAUUCCCGCUUCGAGGAAAACAGGCAGCUCUCCUUGCUCGUCCACUGUUACAGAAAGCUCUGUCUCUACAUCACCCAGUCGCCGCUCGCCCCGCACAUAGCCAGCGCCGCCAGCGACUCGCCGGACCUCCAAGCCAUCCUGAACGAGGGCCUCACGUUGGCCGAGAGCGAGCCAGAGGCGGAGGACGUUUCGGACUCAGCCGGCCUGUCGCAGAAGGCCUCCACCUCCGAGUCGCUCCAGCCCGGCGAACCCGCGAAGGAGCUCAAGGGGGAGGAGCCGAACCGCGUCAGUGUAAACGGGCUGCACGGUUGUAACGGCCUGGUCAGUUCGGACGCUCUGCAACCCACCGCCGUCCAAACAGGUGGAGGUGUUGCGAAGCAGGAGAGCUUUUCGGAGGAGAUCCCGGUGUGUGUGAGCGUCACGGGGGCCGGGGAGGCGGGGCUUUGUGACAUCACCCCUUUCGGGGAUGACCUGAAACACGGCGGGGGGCCGUUGUUGUUGAGUGUCGAGGAGGUGCUCAGGACUCUGGAGACGGACACGGACCCUGAGCCCCAGCCGGACUGCCCCACCUCUGUACCUCAGUCCAGCCUCAACGGACCUCACUGCCCUUCUGGCCCCGACUCCUCCCACCUCAUCCCUUCCCUCCCCACGGAAAACAGCCCUCGCCCCCUCCACCUUCACCCACAGCCCUCGCUGCGCCACCCCCCUCAGCCCUCCGCAGCCGUCCCCCACGCCCCCCCUCGGUACCACCGCAAGCGCUCCCGCUCAGAAAGUGACAGCGAGAAAGUGCAGCCCCUCCCCAUCUCCAGCCUCCUGCGGGGGCCUCCCCUCGGUGCCAACAGCUCCCCCCAUCACCCUAACCCUGGUGCCACCACCAAACAGGAGCCUAAGUUCCCCGCAGCGACGCCCCACCCGCACCUGGCCCCGGUGCCCAACGGCGGUCCCCCCAAGGUGGGCAAGACUGUGCUCGUCUCCAACAAGGUGCUCAAAAAGACUGUGGAGCACCACGGGGGCCCCAAGAAGGCUUACACCAAGGCCAGGCAAGGGGCCCCCAAGCCUCGCGCACAACCCCGUGACAGGAUACCCCCGCACCCACAUGCGCACCCCCUGACACACCCACCCAGCCCCUCGAAGCCACUGUAUAAGAAGCCUGUGGAGAAGAAGGGCUGCAAGUGCGGCCGAGCCACACAGAACCCCUCGGUGUUGACCUGUAGGGGGCAGCGCUGCCCCUGCUACUCCAACCGCAAGGCGUGUCUGGACUGUAUCUGCCGCGGCUGCCAGAACUCCUACAUGGCCAACGGAGAGAAGAAGCUGGAGGCCUUCGCCGUGCCAGAGAAAGCUCUGGAACAGACUCGCCUCACGCUGGGCAUCAACCUCACCAGUAUCACCGCGGCGGCCCUCCGUAGUCCGGCCUCCAGCUCCCCCGGCAGCACCCUUCUCAACGUCACCACGGCCACAGGGGCCCCCGUCACGGCCGCCUUCUUGUCGGGAGCGGGACACGACAACCGGGGCUUUGACGAUUCACUGGAGAUGCGAUUUGACUGCUGAGGUCCAGCUCCUCCUCCUCCUCCUCCUCCUCCUCCUCCGGUCAGUCGUUACGCACAUUCCCCGUCCCGCCAGCUGGGCGUUAUCCAUCUGGGCGUGCCAGGGACCUGCGGUGGCGGAGCCGAAACAAGGCAGCUACAGUGACAGGCGAUAGUGAGGGUGACCAGCUGAAGCUUCGCCCGAAACUGCACCGUGCUCGUGGUCUUGCAUACAGAGACAGUGAGGACGAGAAAGAGGAGAUGUAGCGUCACUGUAUGUGCCGAGAUUUCAUUUCAGUGCGGAUAGAGUUCCUUAUUUUUUUUCUUCUUCUCUGCUAGGGGUAACGUGUAGAGCAUGUUGUGUAGCCAAGUUGGGAGCGUUGACCGCGGUCGAACGCCUCGGCGUGUGUGCGCGUGUUUGUGUGUGUGUGUGUGAGGGGAAGAACCUUUUAUCAGCAGGAACGGAGACGACAUCAUCACCACCACCACCGACAUCAGAGACUGGUGUAAUUUAUAUAAAAAGAGAGAACUUUUUGUACAUGGACGUACCAGUUUCCAUUUAAGAAGACAUUUUAUGAUAUAUUUUAUAAUUAAAACAAACAAACAAACAGUGGAAGUGGGUGCAGAGAGACACCUGCAUUCAACCAGAAUAUUUUCACACAGGUAGAUUGUAUUUUGUAAACUCUUGCUAGAGCACUAGGAGUAAGACUUGGGACUGAGUAGAUGACUAUCAAAGAUCCCCUGGAGGAAUAGAGAAACAGCCUGAACGUAACUGCUAUCAGUUUUAAAAACAUUUCCAAAAAAUGCAAUGGUUGAUGCCUUUUGCUGCGAGAACUGGGAUGUGAAUUUAACGCCACCAGCCAAAUGUAUGUUUCAUAUUUUGUCUGUUGAAUGUUUAUACUCUGUGAGCCACUGUCAGACACCCAACAUUAUUCUAAGAUGUUAUUAUACAUAUACCCAUAUAUAUAUAAUAUAUAUAUAUAUAUAUAUAUAUAUAUAUAUAUAUAUAUAUAUAUAUAUAUAUAUAAUUUAAAAAGAACAGAUAUAAAAUGGUGAAUUUUGAAGUCAACCAACCGUUGUGGCUGGUGGGAGAUAAAACUUUUAUCCCUAGUUUGCUGUUGUGUCGAGGAUGCGAGUUCACCUGUUCAAUCAUUUGUGAGUUCUUGUAUUAAGCACUUUUUCCACACAUGUUUAAAAACACCUUUUUGUGUGUGUGUGUGUGUGUGUGUGUGUGUGUGUGUGUGUGUGUGUGUGUUACUUGUGUUAAAAACUCUGGUUGAUUGCAGGCCCACCCCCUCCCCACACAUUGUUUAUUCACAUGUUUUUGGUUUCUGGAAGCUACACACAUGCUGCUAAACACCACAAAGAACUCUUUAAAGGAGAGCGCACCUGUUUUUCUUUUUGUUUUUAAUAAGUCGCAUUAACAACAUCUGCAGUAUUUAUUUGACGCCUCUUAGUAAAAUGUUACACGUUGGGCGUCAGUUCUGCCUGUCGAGGCUGUCGACCCCGUCUUGGACUUUUUCUGUCUCGGUUAAGUUGCUGUCUCACUUCUUUAACUUUUGUUUCUGGUGUCUCCAAACGGUUCUCGUUCUCCCCCGGGGCAUUUAAAUACCUGUAAUAUAACUGUAACAUAUUUCCACAAAAAAGAAAGAAAAUCAAAAACUUA